CCAGUCUUGGUUUACCAUUCGUAAGAUCGAGUCGACGACGAUUGUGACCGUAACAUUGAAAGUUCAUUGAGCUCUGUAACUUAUUAUAAGAAAAAAUUUAUCAUUGUUAAUAGACAUUAUUUAAACAAACAUUAACAACAAUUUAAUUAAUUUUAUUUAUUAAAAAUGAAGUGUGUUUACCUGGCUUUUGUUUUUUUGUUUAUUCAGGUAAAUGCUGGAGUAGUUAAAAGACCACCAGCAUUUGCAGCUCCAGUUUAUUCAGACUCGUAUCUUCCAGCAGCAAUGCAGGUAAUAUUCCAUGCUGUUGAACAAUUAAAAGCAAUUGGAAAAGAAGAAGCAGAAUUGGCAGCAACAACAACAACAACAGCAACAACAAUUAUUCCAACGACAAUAUUCCCAACGACAAAAAUUCAUGAGCCUGGUCAAGUACAGCCAAUGCCAACAGUUCCAUCAGUAGUUAAACCAACAAUUGCAGAUUCAACAACAACAUUGGAAAAUGAAAAACCAAUGUUGUUAGAACAAACAACUCAAAUAACAUUAGAUAAACCAACAGUUGCAGAUUCAACAUCAACAUUAAAUGAAAUAACAGUCAAGCCAACAGUUGCAGAUUCAUCAACAACAUUAAAUGAAAUAACAGUCAAGCCAACAGUUGCAGAUUCACCAACAACAUUAGAAAAUGAAAAACCAAUAGAAUUGGAACAAACAACUCAAAUAAUAAUUAAAAAUAAUAAAACAGAAAUGAAUAAAGAAUCAUUUGUUACGUUAACUGAAAAGCCAGCUAUUUUUUCUGAAUUAACAACAAUAACAGCAAAUGAAAAACCAGAAUUAGGUGGUGAAACUCCUGAAAUAAUUUAUGCAACACCAGAAACAAAUCAUGAAACUCCAGAGACACCUGAAGAAACAAAUAUUAAUCAAACUUUAGAUGAAAAAACGACAGUUAUGUCAAUAAAUAAUAUUGAAGUUACAACAUUGACUCAACAAUUAGAAAGUGAAUCAUCAGAAUCAUCAGAAUCAUCAGAAGAAAAUAAUAAUGAUAAAAAAAAAGUAACACCAAGUAUUGAUAGUGUUGUUCAAGAAAUAUAUGGUAUUGUUAAGCCAAAAAAUAAAUCAAAAGAAUCAUCAUCAUCAUCAUCCUCUGAAGAAUCAAAGGAAUCAAAAGAAUCAAAAGGAUCAAAGAAAUCUAAAGAAUUAAAAGAAUCUAAUGAAUCAAAAGAAUUUGGUGGUGAACAAGAAGACAGCUAUGAAGAUGAAAAAUAUGAUGAAAAUAGGUUUAAUCUUCUUGGUGAAAAAUUAUCACAAGCUCCACGACCAAGUCUUUCAGCACAUCUUCGUAAAGAAAAUAUAUUUGAAAAAUGUUCACUUCAUAAAUUAGCACUUCUUUAUGAUUCACUAAGUAAAGAUGCAAGAAAACAAGGAUUUGCAAAAUACGCUGGUUACUCUGAUGAAGUACUAAAAACUUUGGCUAAUUCUUCAAAAGGUGGUAUUAGCCAACAGCUACAAAUAUUACUUGAAAAAACAAUUGAAAAAAAUAAUUACACACGUGAAGAUUCAAAAUCAAAAGCUAAAUCAAUACUUGAUGAAUUAAAAAAUCCAACAAGUGAUAUACACAGAGAUCUCGCACGAUUAAUGCCCCUCAAUUUUGGUGUUUAAAUUAUUUUAUUUUUUUUUUAUUCAAAUGUUU